AUGUCAGAGAUCAAACUUUUUCCAGACGACAACGCGUUCGACACCACGGGUCCUCCGGCUUCUCCAGUCGCCGUUCAGCGCACCAGCGCUCCGCAGGACACCAUAAUUGAGCCCGCGGCUGCAACACGGGGCCGCCGGCCUUCCUGUGCCGCCGUCGCUCAUACCUCCAGACACCGAGGCAUGCCAUCACCUUCGCCUUCCAGGCGUCAGCCACCUUCUCCAGCGUCCUCCUACGCUUCAGCCCUCUCCUCCGCCCCAGCUGCGGAGAAAUGGACCGUGACCGGACUACGCCAGGCGCUUAUUAGCUCCGGCGUCAAUGUCCCACGACGGUCGGUCAAGGCGGAUCUCCUCGCCCUCUAUACUUCCCUCCAAACAGGGGCGCCUCCAAGCUCUACUCCUCCAUCCAAGGCCGCGGAUAAAGCGAGCCAGGGCCGCAGCAUUCCGUACUCACGGCCCGAGCUAACCACCACUCCUUCGAAGAUGGGCUUCCGGCCGUUAGGCUGCAGCAAAAAGCCUUCAGCAAGCCCGGGCCGAGCCCCGGAUGCCGCCAGCCCCAGACCCCCUCCUCCAUCCACCGAGCCAUUGGCACAUCCAAUCGCCGCAAACAUGUCAGAGAUCGAACUUUUUCCAGACGACAACGCGUUCGACACCACGGGUCCUCCGUCUUCUCCAGUCGCCGUUCAGCGCACCAGCGCUCCGCAGGACACCAUAAUUGAGCCCGCGGCUGCAACACGGGGCCGCCGGCCUUCCUGUGCCGCCGUCGCUCAUACCUCCAGACACCGAGGCAUGCCAUCACCUUCGCCUUCCAGGCGUCAGCCACCUUCUCCAGCGUCCUCCUACGCUUCAGCCCUCUCCUCCGCCCCAGCUGCGGAGAAAUGGACCGUGACCGGACUACGCCAGGCGCUCAUUAGCGCCGGCGCCAAUGUCCCACGACGGUCGGUCAAGGCGGAUCUCCUCGCCCUCUAUACUUCCCUCCAAACAGGGGCGCCUCCAAGCUCUACUCCUCCAUCCAAGGCCGCGGAUAAAGCGAGCCAGGGCCGCAGCAUUCCAUACUCACGGCCCGAGCUAACCACCACUCCUUCGAAGAUGGGCUUCCGGCCGUUAGGCUGCAGCAAAAAGCCUUCAGCAAGCCCGGGCCGAGCCCCGGAUGCCGCCAGCCCCAGACCCCCUCCUCCAUCCACCGAGCGUCAGCUCGACGAAAUGCCAGCUCCAGUCUCCACGAGCCGCCGCGUUAGCUGGGGUGCAGCGUAA